CGAUUUUAUCACGAUAAUAGUAAUCACCAGGUUCUUUUAUGUUGAUUGGAAGACGAAAGGCAUCUCCCACAGGAACGCCUACUAUCACGUGAAGCAGAUGAGAACCGUCGUCUUAUUUGUCGCCAACGCCUUCAUCGGUGCACACCAAGUGGAUCCCCGAGUGUCUGGAAGCUACAAUAUCUAUUUUGCUAAUGAAAAAUGCUUUGUCGCUGGAACACAUUUACCUGGUAACACAUCGACAUCUGAAAUCAACGCUGUCCGGAGUCCCACAGGAAAUGCCGCAUGCUUACUUUGGAGAUAUGCGAGCACAAAGGAGCAAGAGAGAAUUUCAUGUAGGGCCGCCUUCAGGCAAUUCUGCAGCAGAUACCAAGGACAUAAAGUUUACUAUACCAAGGAAAUAUGUGGCAGGUAAAACUACGUAAGGUAGGCCUUUCGCGUGCGGUCCAAAGCUGAAUAAAACUUUUUAUUUUUUGACUGUCA